AUGGCGCCAGAGUCGCCGCUCAACGAAGUCGUGGUCGAGACAAUCGAUUCGCCCCAAGACGUGCGGGCGCACGUCGACGCCGGUCGGCAGUCCGCGUGCCCCGUCGCCGAGCCGCCACCGACACGCGAACUGUGCAUCACGCGAGUGCCGCGGUCGCAGCCCGCCAGCAGGAUCGUUUGCCAUGCACGUUGUUCGCGGCCCGUCCAGCACGACGACGACUCGGAAGACGACCUGGACGACGACGACUUGGACGACGAAAACGACGACGACCACAACGACCAUAACAACCACCACCAGCAGCACCAUCAGAACAAUCGCGGCCACCAGCACCAGCAGCAACAGCAGCAGCAGCACCAACAGAACCAGCACCACCAAGCCCACCAUCACCAACACCUCCACCAAAACCAACACCAUCCGCACCUCCAACAGCAACAACAACAGCAGCAACAGCAACACCACCUCCAAAACUCGGACCGAUCGCCGGUCGAGAGUAACGGUGGUGGUAGCCGCCGCGGCGUAGGAGGGACGGUCGUGGUUAGAGGUGGCUGCGGCGGUGGCGGUGGAGGUGGUGUCGGUAGUGGUGGAACCGGUGGCGUCAUCGUUGAAGACGGCAAACCACCCGAGAGCACCAUCACUGUGAUCGUACACCACCCGGACGACGACCGGGCUAACCGAUCAUCCAGACUCAACCCCAACCCCAGGCAUUCCGUCAGCGUGGCCGGCAUGAUCGAGUCGCAAGACUACCACCGAGGAGCAGGCUCCGGGGCCGGCAACAACAGCGUGCUUCAGCUGCACCACCACCAGCAGCAGCAGCAGCAACAGCAACAGCAACAACCCGAGCCCACUUACCAGACGCUCACAUCGGUCAACGGUAGGAUGUCGCCACCCGGUUACAGCCCCAACUCGUCGUACGCCACGCUCACGCCUCUCCAACCUCUGCCGCCCAUAUCGACCAUGUCCGACAAGUUCGUGUACGGUCACUCCAACAACGUGUCCGGAUCGUUCACGGUCAUGCAGAACAACAUCGGCGGCCUAGGCAUGGUGGUUAACAGCCCGUACACGUACGACAAGAUGGGUAUGCACUCGCCCAACCACUAUUCGCCCACACACAUGCACCACAUGCCGCCACAACAGGGCUCGCCGAUAUCGCCACAAAGCGCGUCGUACAGUCAAAACGGAGGCGGUGGUGGAGGUGGCCUCAACUCACCGCAGAAGAGCAUGUCGUCGCCGAACAGCUGCUAUGACUCGCCGUACACGCAGAUAGGGCCCGGCGGCCGGUCGGGAGCGUCCAACGCCAUGCACAGUCCCGACCUCAGCCAAAACUCGGGUUCACUGCACUCGCCACCCAUGUCCAGCUACGGUGGAACCACCACGCUUUCCAACGUCAACGGGCUGACCACCAUCACGCCUCAUCCUGGCCGGGGAGGUGGUGGCGUAGUGGUAUCUCCCAGGCACUCACCUUCGCUGGUCAUACACCCUAUCAUACAGCCCCAGGAGGUUGUGGUCACCACGUCCUCACCCUCGCCACCCGACCACUCGCAGAGGAUGCAGAUGAUGCACCAGCAACAGCAUCAACAACAACAACAGCAGCAGCAACAGCAGCAGCAGCAGCAACAACAACAACUGCAACAGCAGCAGACCACGCUGAUCAAGACGCAAUCGAUCACCACCACGACCACGGUGCUGGUUCAGAACGCGUCGUCGGCGUCCGGGUCGAAUGGCAGCGGUUCCGACAUGGAGGAGAUCAACACCAAAGAGCUGGCACAGCGGAUCAGCGCCGAACUGAAACGGUAUAGUAUACCGCAGGCGAUAUUCGCGCAACGCGUGCUGUGCCGGUCGCAGGGCACGCUGUCCGAUCUGCUCCGGAACCCCAAGCCCUGGUCCAAGCUGAAAUCCGGCCGGGAGACGUUCCGCCGCAUGUGGAAGUGGCUUCAGGAACCCGAAUUCCAGAGGAUGUCGGCGCUCCGCUUGGCAGAUGAUUCUUCUUCUAACCUUGGUCAAGACUUAGAAGGUAUGUUAUUGGCAGAAAAUGGACUGCAGAAUGUUCCAACACCAAACGUCGGAAGUUACAUAAACAACAUGGCUCCUUGCAAACGAAAAGAAGAAGUCCAACCUAUUGUUCCAGAUCAUUCAUCUGCACCCAAAAAACCACGUUUGGUCUUUACCGAUCUUCAACGACGAACACUACAAGCUAUUUUCAAGGAAACGAAAAGGCCGUCAAAAGAAAUGCAGGUGACCAUAGCUAGGCAAUUGGGCCUGGAACCGACCACAGUCGGCAAUUUCUUCAUGAAUGCCAGGAGACGGUCGAUGGAUAAGUGGAAGGACGAAGAUCCAAAAGUAAUGGCGGCAUCGAACCACCACCAAGACGACAUUGUAGUCAACAUGCAAACAGGGACACAUAUGGGUAACCACCAGUCUGAAGUGUUGUGA